AUGUUGUUAAAUUUUCUAUCUACAAUUUACAUAUUAACAUUUUUAAAUGAAAUUCAAGGUCAUACUAUUCCAAUUCAACAAAAUGAAAUUCAAGAUUUAAAAAAAAGAGCUGGUGUUGCUUCUUGGAUUGAUAAUUUAAGAAAUGGAAAUUAUUUUGGUAGAGCAAGAUAUAAUAAUGGAACAGAAACAACAACUACUACAGAUUCUGAAACUUCAAGUUCAAAUGAUGCUCAACCAAGUCCAUCACCACAACUUUUUGGUUUAUUUAGUAGUAGUUCAAGUAAUGAUGAUUAUUCAACAAGUUCUGUUGGUACUUCUACUACAUCAACGUCAAAUAAUGAAAGAAGUUCAAGUUCAAGUUCAAGUUCAAGUUCGGGUCCAAGUUCAAGUCCAAGUUCAAGUUCAAGUUCGAGUCCAAGUUCAAGUUCAAGUUCGAGUCCAAGUUCAAGUUCAAGUUCGAGUCCAAGUUCAAGUUCAAGUUCAAGAGUAAAUUCAGUUACUAUACCAAAUGAUGAUACUUCAAGCUCAAGUUCUUCAAGAAAUGAUUAUGGUAAUGAUUCUACUACUAGCACAAGAACAUCAACAACUUCUUCACCAACUUAUGAUGAUGAUUCAACAACAAGCACUUCUUCAAGUUUAGGAGCUUUACGUACUUUUGCUCCAGAUGGUGAUGGAACAACAAGCUCACAAAGCUCCUCAGAUAAUCAAAGAGCCGCUGCUUUUAGUCAAAAUGACGAUGAAUCAUCAUCAAAUUCACCAACUACGAGCAAAUCUUCAAGUAGUACAACUUCACCAACAGACAACGAUUCUACUACAAGUUCUUAUGAAGACCCAACUACAAGCUCACCUUCUUAUCAAGAAUCAGCAAGCUCAAGUGUAACAGAAGAAAAUUCAACUACAUCAGAAUCAAAUAGCUCAAAUUUGGUUGCUCAAGCUAUUGCAGGUUACUCAACUAGUUCAACAGCUUCAACAACAUCAUCACCAACAAAUGAAGAAUCUAGUACAACCUCAUCACCAACAAAUGAAGAAUCUAGUACAACCUCAUCACCAUCAAAUUCAGAUUUUACUUCAUUUGUUGAACCUACUGAAUCAUCAAUUGCUUAUUCGUCUACUUCAUCACAAUCUAGUUUUAGUGCAUCAAGUUCUGAUGAUAGUGAAUACUCUGCUUUUGAUGUUCAAUCAUCUGCUACAAAUUUUGAAUCACAACAACAAUCUUCAGAAACAAAUUCACCAAUUGAUUCUUCAUCCACAUCAUCUACUGAUUUCGCCUCACAAGCUGCUAGAUCAUCUGCUUUUGAAAAUGAAUCAACAACUUCUUCAUCUUAUACUUCAUUAGUCGAACCAACAGAAUCAUCAUUUGAUUUUUCAAGCUCAAAUACAGAAACAGAAUCAUCACAAUCUUCAACUGAAUAUGUUCAAGCAUCGAUUGAACCAGCUUCUCAAAGUAUCGAAAGUAAUGAAAUUGUACAAUCAUCGAGUUCUACUAUCUUGCCAACUUAUACUUCAUUAGUCGAGCCAUCAGAAUCAUCAUUUGAUUAUAUAAGCUCAAAUACAGAAACAGAAUCAUCACAAUCAUCAACUGAGUAUGUUGAAGCAUCGAUUGAACCAGCUUCUCAAAGUAUCGAAAGUAGUGAAAUUGUACAAUCUUCGAGUUCAGCUUUCCUGCCACAAUCGGAAACCCCAUCUUCAUCAUCAAUUGAAUAUGUACAACCAUCAACCUCAUCAUUUGAACAACCUGUAAGUACUGAAUCCAGUUCAACUGAAUUUGUUCAACCUUUAACAUCAUCUAUAGAAGAAUCAACUGAAUUACCAUACUCUGAAGUUAGUGCUUCAUCUACUGAAAUUAUCGAAUCAGCUACCUCAUUAACAGAUUUCGAACAACCUUCCGAUACUACUUCAUCAAAUGAAUAUGCUCCAACUUCUUCAUCAACAGUUUCAGAACCAAUUGUAACUUCCUCCACCGAAGAAUCAUUCAUAAUUCCUGUUACAUCAUCUAUUGCAACUGAAGAAACAUCAUUAGCUUCAGCAUCUGAAAUUUCAUUAGAAACAACUAGUUCAAUUUUUGAUUCUUCACAAACAGAAGUUAUUUCAAGUUUACCAAUCACAGAGUCAACUAGUGAAAUUUUACCAAUUUCAUCUGAAUUAGCAACUGAAACCACUGACUCUAUUAUACCGUCUUCAUCACCAAUUGAAUCUGAAUUUAUAUCAACAGAAAUACAAACUACCACAUCAGAACCAGUAUCAGAAUUUCCAACAUCAUCAACUGAAUUAACACAAGUAUUUACAAGUGAUUUAACAAGUGAAGUAAUAUCCAGUGCUGCUAUUUCACAACCAACAGAAACUGAAAGUUUACAAUCAUCAAUUAUUACUGAACCAACUCAGUCUGAUAUUUUACCAUCAUCACAAGUUAUUGAAACAUCUAUUUUUACUGAGCCAUCACCACAACCAGAAUCAUCAAUCGAAUCAGACCUUACUUCAAUUCCAGAAUCAAUUGUAUCAUCACCAAUUGAAACAUUACUACCAUCUUCAGCAAUUAUAACUUCUGCACCACCACAAUCCUCAGAAAUUCCAAUUUCAUCACCAUUACCAAUUGCAACUACACCUCCAACAUCAACAACAUCUAAAAAUUGGUUACCUUCGUCAUUAGUAAUUGCUGAAACACCAAGUUCAAAUCCAGCAGAAACAGCAGAAACAAGUAUAAUUCAAGCUUCAUCAACACCAGCAUCAACUUCAGGAUUACCAAGUUCAAUUACACCAGAAAAUACAACUGAUCCUGGUGAUGAUUACGAAUUGAUUACAAUUGGGUUUAAAGCUGCAUUGAAUUAUCAAUUUGUUGUUCAACAUACAAUUUCAUCAGCACAAAUUUUCCAAUAUUUACCACAAGUUUUAACAUAUCCAUUUAAUGAUGAAGAUUCAGAUAUGUUAAACGGUGUAAUAGUUAAAAAAUUGAUUCCUUAUAGUGCGUCAAAUAUAGAUUAUACAAUUACUGUUGCUGAAGUUUAUUUCCCAAGAUCAAAUAUAGGAAUACUUUCAUCAUUUAUAAAUACACCAAAUUCAAAAAUUUAUAGAAAUCCAGAUGAAACAGAACGUACAUUGGCAAGUUUGAUAGAUUCAAGAAUACCGUUGACUGGUUUAGUUGAUUCAGUUCAACAAUUACUGGGUAGUUCAGAUUCAAAUAAUUCAAGUGGUGGAAAUUCAUUAAAUCAAUAUGGUUCAAUGGAUGUAGUAAAUAGUAAUAAAACCGUUGAAAAUAAAGGUAGAAUUGCUGGUAUUACAAUUGGUGCAGCUGCUGGUUGUAUGGUUUAUAUGUCAUUAAUGAUUAUAUUGUUUAGAAAAUUUAGAAGUAAGAGUGGUGUACAUUUACCAGAUACUGAUUCAGAAUCACAAAUAACUGAUAUGACGUCAAUGACUGAAUCAGAUAUAAAUUCAAAUUCAGGUCCAAGUUCAUUUUCACAAAUUUUUAAUAGAAUGACAAAUAAUAAUCAAAAUGUAUUAAAUAAUGCAAGAAAUCAUAAUAACAUAUCAGAACCAGUACAAGCUUCAAACUCAUUAGGUUGGUAUCAUUGA